GAAAAAACGAAAUUGUAUGUACUGGUGACAUUUUUGGGGUUAUCGAAGAGGAAGCAGCGGUAUCCACAUGAGAAAAUCAGGUUCCAUGGUUCGUAAGCGGUACUACAGCUAGGACUGCUACUGUUACUAGUAUCUUGUCUUAGGCUGCAGCAGCUUCUGGCUGAGGCUGUGGCUGGUAUUAAGUAAAUCAAUCUUUGAAUUUUUAAUGUGUUUUAAGGGAGGGGUCUUAAAAGGAAAAGAGAGAUAAAGAAAGGGGAAAUGCAAGGAGCGUAGGGUAAAGCAAAAGAAGAGGUCUUUCUCAUACGCAGAUCCCUAUGGAAUGGAGUAAGGAUGCCCGGCAUAGCUUGCUGGAACUCAUUCUUUUUGUUUAGUUUAAAGGAACUUGCUUUGUUUCUCUUUAGAUAUCUUUUCAGUGAGAAAGAAAAAGAGAGAGAGUCUCUCAUGCAUAUAGAAUAGAUCCAGUUGCAGGAGUUUUGGAUUUAUAUUAGAUGUGUUGUUAGAUUUGGUUCAAUAACUGCUGCAGCUACAAAACAAAAACACCCCAGUGUUCUUAUUCCUCUUCUUUUUAUUCUUUUCAAAAUGGAGUGAAGCAAGGAGAUGGUUCGUUUAUGAUUAGUUUAGUAGUUUCCCAAUGAUUGAGUUGUCAUGCUCUAGAGAAACUUGCCUAGAAUCUUUGCUAAGUUGGAAAGAAGCAGCAUAGUUAGAAUAUGAAGUCCAUGAGUAACGAUGAUAACAAUAACAACAACAGUAACAAUACUAACUGGUUAGGCUUUUCUCUCUCUCCUCACUUGAAAAUGGAGGUUAGCAACCAAGACCCUCAUCACCAUACACAGUCUGCUUCUGAUGCUGCUGGUGUUACCACAGCAGUUCCAGCAAGCUUUUUUCAAUCUCCAUCUCAUCUUAAUUAUGGACUUUAUUAUGGAGUUGAAGGAGAAAAUGGUGGCUUGUACUCUCACUUUCCUGUAAUGCCACUGAAGUCUGAUGGGUCUCUUUGUUUAAUGGAAGCUCUUGGCAGAUCACAGCCACAAGCAAUGGUUCCUACUUCAACUCCAAAACUGGAGGAUUUCUUUGGGGGUGCAGCCAUGGGGGCCCAUCACUAUGAAAGCAGUGACAGAGAAGCUAUGGCUCUAAGUUUAGACAGCAUGUAUUACCAUCAAAAUCCGAAUCAGGAACACAACAAUCAAAAUUGCCUAGAGCACCUGCAGCAGUCCUCCAGGCAACAGCACCAACAGCAGUUUCAGGUCCAACAAUACCAAUAUCACUCAGGAUAUAGAAACCAAGAAAUGUUACUAGGAGAAGAAGCUAAAGAAGCCCAUCUUACAGAUUGCAAUCUUCAGCUCCCAACCAUGGCCAAUGAUGGAGCACCUGGAAUGAAGCACUGGGUUUCAAGAAACUACUCCACUGAGCAUGCAAUGCAUCACAAGAUGAUUGGCCGCAUGGGUGAUAAUGGAGCUGAAUCUGGCUUUAUUGGUGCAAUGGCAUAUGGAGAUUUACAGUCUUUGAGCUUGUCCAUGAGUCCUGGCUCACAAUCAAGCUGUGUGACUGGUUCACAGCAAAUCUCACCUACUGCAACUGACUAUGCAGCCAUGCAAACCAAGAAAAGAGGACCUGAAAAGGUAGAUCAGAAGCAAAUUGUCCACAGGAAAUCCAUUGAUACUUUUGGGCAGAGAACCUCUCAAUAUAGAGGUGUUACAAGACAUAGAUGGACCGGAAGAUAUGAAGCUCAUCUAUGGGACAACAGUUGCAAGAAGGAGGGGCAGAGCAGGAAAGGAAGACAAGUUUAUUUAGGGGGUUAUGACAUGGAAGAGAAAGCUGCAAGAGCUUAUGAUCUAGCUGCACUCAAGUAUUGGGGACCCUCCACUCACAUCAAUUUCUCAUUGGAAAAUUACCAAAAAGAACUUGAAGAAAUGAAGAACAUGACUAGACAGGAGUAUGUUGCUCACUUGAGAAGGAAAAGCAGUGGAUUCUCAAGGGGAGCUUCAAUGUACAGAGGAGUGACAAGGUCACAUCAUCAACAUGGAAGAUGGCAGGCUCGGAUUGGUAGAGUUGCAGGGAACAAGGACCUUUAUCUUGGAACAUUUAGCACUCAAGAGGAAGCAGCUGAGGCUUAUGACAUAGCAGCCAUCAAAUUCCGUGGGGUGAAUGCUGUGACGAACUUUGACAUAACAAGGUACGCAGUGGAAAGAAUCAUGGCAAGCAAUACCCUUCUUACCGGAGAACUCGCUAGGCGAAACAAAGAUAUAGCACCUGGUAAUGACGCUAUCAGUCACAACCUUUUAACCGAUAACAGCAAUGGUGAAACCAAUAUUUCACCAAAGAACAAUGAAGUUCAACCAGACUGGAAAAUGGUGCUGUAUCAGUCCUCUGAACAGCAACUUGAGCAGAAGCAACCAAAUAUUAUUGACAGCUAUAAGACUCAGACUUUUUCGUUGGCCCCAGAAAACAUGGUUGGGAUUGACACAAUCAGCUCAGGCCAGAGAGAGGUGGAUGAUUCAAGCAAGAUAGGGACUCACUUGUCGAAUGCUUCUUCAUUGGUAACUAGUUUGAGUAGCUCAAGAGAAGGUAGCCCAGAUAGGAGCAGCCUACCAAUGCCGUUUGCCAUGCCUCCUCCAUCAUCCAAGUUGUUCACUAGUUCAGCAAAUACUGUGAAUUCUUGGAUUCCUUCAGCUCAGCUGAGGCCUGCACUCUCCAUGCCUCACAUGCCAGUUUUUGCUGCUUGGACAGAUGCAUAGAUUAGACGUUUUGGUAUAGUAGCAAAAAGUUUUUUUUUUUUUUUUUUGGCAUGGAAAAAAAUUCAUCAGGAAAAAGAAAGUUUGGUCUUUUGUGAGUUUUUCCUUAGUGGAGAAAGUUGAGGAGUUAAUGGAGGUAUAUGUGGGACCUGUUGUGAAGAAGAACAAAGUUUAAACUCAUAUCCUUUUUAACCUUCUCUUAUGAAGAUCUUGAAAAGAAAUUGGUAGAUGGAAAGCUUUAGAGACGUUACGAUUGA